AUGGUGUGCCACAGAUGGACGCUAGCUCUAAUUUUACUCACCGUUCCCUUAUUAGUGACAGUGAUAAGCGCAUUUCGCGUACGGUUACCUGGAAGUUCCCAUGAAGUGAAAUCCGAUUUUCGAAGACAUAAAUGUGAGGAUUGUGAUGUGAGUGAUAGCGGCCUUGACCCAGUUUCUUAUAAAUUAAAAAAAGAAAGUGUUAAACGUUUAGAUGAUGUUAAGAAAAUACUUAAAGAUAAACGACUUUUGAUUGAAGAAAAGUUAGGUAAAACUAGUUUUGACUCAGAGGACAAUGAUGAUGAAGACGAUGAGAGGGUUUUAGAGAAAGCUACUUUAGAAAAUGUCAAAUUAAAAACUGAUUCUGAAAAAAAAAUUAAAGGUAAAAAACCAUCGCUAGUGUUAGAUUUUGACGAUGACGACGAUAGCGAUAUCGAAGACGAUGACGAAUAUGACGAACCAAUACCAAAAAGUGCCAAAGAAGAACCUGAAGCCAAAAAGAAAACGGAGUUUCUUUCUUCCUACAAAGAUAUAAAACUUUUACCAAAAAUUAAAACAAAAGAUAAAGAUGAAAGUAAAGUUGAUGAUUAUAGUGAUGAAGAAGAUAAAAAACAACGUUUAAAGGAGCAAAUUCCAGUGAGAGAUUUAAAAGCCAAGACACUGCAACCUAAAGAUAUUAUCAAAGAAAAUCUGAAAUCAAAAGAAAAACCCUUGAAAGUUAAAGAUUCUACAGGUGAUGACAAAGAGGUGAAAUCAAGUAAAGUUUUACAAGAUGGUGAAAAACUUAAAUCAAAGACUGAAUAUAAAAUUAAAGAGAACUUAGUAAAGGAGUCAAUAAGUCUUAAGCCAAUUUUGGAAAAAAAGGCUUUAAAAGAUGAUAUUCAAGUUAAAGGUAAGCAAUUAGACAACAAAGAAAUUAAAAUAGAAAAGAAACCUGAAAAGUCUAUCAAAAUUACUAUACCUAAAGUAAAGAAACAGUUAUCUCCACCUCUAGAGGAGACAAAAACUGAUUUGGAUGAAACUCAAGAUAAAGAAAAUGUUACAAAACGUUUAAGUACAGAUAAUCGAGUUCAACAUCUAUCAGAGGCCUUACUGCGGCGUAAUUUACUUCAAAGUGAAUUUGAGGAUUUUUACGCAUUUUUGCCUACUUUUGCCCCAAAUUUUUCUCGUAUACACAACCCAGAAUGUCGACGUCAUGGACAAAUUCUAUUAAGACAGUUACGUGGAUCCAAACUAUGGGCUCUAAACAUGCUCGAUGCAACAGCGAAGAUUCCCUCGGGGUUGUUACAAGGUAAUGGCGUACAGUUGGGCGACUUCGACCAGUGUUUAGGGGUCCGAGCUAGAGUACAAUUGGAUACAGGCAGCGUGGUCAAGAUACAAGGAAAAUAUUGUUUAGCAAUGAUCGAUGUAAAAGCGGAACAACCUGAAUUAGAAAUGGCAGUUCACUUAGCACAAGCCAAAAAUUUGUUCAAAAGUAGAAUUGAUGAUCCAGGUCACUUCGUGCCGCGUGUCUCUACACUAAGUUGGGGUAUAUGUGUACCAUCCCCCUGCGGUCCAGAAGACGUCGAAGUUGUGUUACGAGAUGCCAUAAAACACUAUCAGUAUAAAAUUGGUGUAAGCGUAAGAGUCAAAGUCGAUGAAGAGGAUUGUCAUGUAAAGAAAGGGCCAAAUUGGUGGAACGAAUGGCUAGAAAUUCCUACUUUGUUGACAAUAUCAUUGUACGCGAUAGUUCUAAUAUUGGUCUUAAUAGCCACACUUCAGGACUUCCUCGCUAGAAAUAUUUCUGAAAACGAUAACGCGAGAGAUGGAGAUGGAAAGAAAGAAGAAAAAUCUAAGAACAAUAAGAAAUCACAUGGCAUUAUAAGUUCGUUUUCGCUGUACAACACGUUCGGAAAACUGGUGGCUCCUGUUAGUAAAAACGAGAUAUCCUGUAUCCAUGGUCUACGAGCUAUCGCUACUCUCGCAAUACUCUUUGCCCACAAGUUCUUGCCGGUCGGCGUAACGCCUUACACGAACCGUUUAAGGCUGAGUGAGAUUGUGUCGUCGCCAUUACUAUCCUGGUGUAGAGCUGGCUGGAUGUUCACAGACUGCUUUUUGUUACUCAGCGGUACUCUAACCUCAUACCGCAAGUCCACUGAUGAAGCAUUUGCUGCGAAGCUACUCUCUAGAUAUUUAAGAUUAACUCCAGCUCUUGCAGCCAUAGUAUUUUUCUAUGCGUACAUAUGGGACAAUAUAUCAUCUGGUCCAAUGUGGGGAACGUUGGUGACCAAAAACGUCGAAAUAUGUCAAAAAGGGUGGUGGUGGAACCUUUUGUACAUACAGAAUUAUCAUGGAUUGGAAAAUAUGUGUGCUCCACAAACUCAUCACAUGGCGCUAGACUUCCAGCUGACUAUUUUGGGAGGCAUCAUUGUAUGGGCGAUUCAAUACGAAGUGCCAUUCUCGUCGUUCGUGAUGCCGAUCCUACAUUUGUCAUCUGCGUACUCAAGAUAUAAUACUUAUAAAAAUCAUCGUCUAACUAUUUUGGCAUAUCAAGGAGUUAGCGUGAGCCAGCUGUACAGGACCGGACGUCUGAGCUACACUUCAGUAUUCCAUCGUUGCACGUCGUAUUUAGUAGGAAUCCGUUUGGGGCUUGCACUAAGGACCCCUGCGACUCAUUCUAAGAUUCUAAACAUCAUGGGUUGGUUCAUCUGUGGCACUUUGAUGGGACUAGUGUUGUGGGCGGGAGCGGAUUCGGGGUACUUAGAUUAUCAUUAUGACGUCACGUUUUCUGCUCUUUACGCCACAUUGGCCCCCAUAGCCACUGCUCUUGCCUUCUCCUGGUUCAUCUAUGCUGUUCAUAAUGGACAAUCAAAUAUUUUAUCUCGCCUGCUCUCCUGUCGCCCACUUCUUUUUAUAAGUCGAAUUUCUUACGCGCUUUACCUUAUCCAGUUUAUCGUUUUUCUAACAAACACUGCCACUAUCAGGGCUAGUAAGGAAUUUUCUCUUAUGUCAAUGUUUGACUUAGAAGAAAUUUCAACGAUACUACUAUCUUCAAUACUUUUAACAGUAACAUUAGUAAUACCACUUCAGUCAUUACCCAAAAUAUCUUCAAUAUUUAAAUCUAAUGAAAUAGAAGACACCCCUGUAGAAAACUCUAAGUCAGAUCCGAUAAAAAAUAAAUUAGAGACUGAAAAGAAAGACGAUAAUGAAGUGGUAAGGGAAGUCCCUCAAAUAAAGAGGUCGUUCAUAGCUCAUAGAGAAGUUCUAGAAGAAAUUCCAGAAGUAGAGGUAGAAUACGAAAUACAGAGAGAGGCUCAUGAGGGUUUGGAAGAAAUUUUAGAGGAGGAUGAUACGCUAGAAGAAGAACAAGAUAGAUUAGAUGAAGAUCUUGAAAUAAUCGAAGAAGAACAAGGUGAAGAAGAUCUAGAAGAAGAUUUUUGGGCAGACAGAGGAGAUUACUUACCGAGACGAUCGUUAUCAAAUAAUCAAGAUGUGGACGAAUGGGAAUGGACCGCAAACGGUAAUGAGACGGGGAGUCGAAACUUUCAAUACAGAAGA